AUGCUAUAUCACUUCUUCACGGGCUCUCGGGUCCGCCAAAAGACACCGAUAGGCAGCGGCAGCAGCAGAGCAGUAGUAAGGAGAGCAACAAGUGGAAAAGAAGAAGAAAGAGCCCAGCAGAGUAGCCUAGAAGAAGAAGAAGAAGAAGAAGCAGCUUCUUUUUGGUGUCGUCGAUCGAGCAGAAAGACGAAAGCUCCAUCUCCAUCUCUCUCUCUCACUCUUCUCCGUUUCCCCUCCCGACCAGGCUUAGCUUCUCAGAGCGAGAGCUGA